GGACUUGGCUUUCCCGAGAAAAUCUCCUUCUCCUUUCCGAUUUUCCCAGGUUUGGAGAGAUCAUUUUCCUUUCCCAGGUGCUUAUUUUUCAUGAUCGGAUUAUCUGAAUCGUGUGUUUUGACUUAGUUUAUCCCAAUGCCGUUCUUCUCUUGUUGCACCAAAAGAGCAAUCUUCUGUUCCUCUCCAGGCCUUGUUGAUAAAGAAUGAAGGACUUGUGGCUUUAUCAAGUGUUUCCAUAAGUUUGCUUUCCACCUCCAUGCCUUUGGUGAUUGAUGAUGAAUUCUCUCACUGAUCAAUCAGGCAGCUCUCAUGGAGGUUCAACUCCCCGUAGUCCCUUCUCUCCAUCUUCUGCACAUGAAAGGCAUAAAGGUCUGCCGGAUUCCAGAUUUCAGCGUCCCCUGCCCAAUUCUUCAGCACCGGAUCCAUCAUCCCCUGGAUCAAUGCUCCAUGGAGGACACAAGUCCCACGAGGCUUUCCAAAUGAAACAGGGCCGAUUUGAUCUCCAAGCCGCAAAGAUUUCAGAACUGAUGAAAUCAAACAAUUUAGAUAAUGCUCCCACGCAGUCACUUUUAAGUAUCGUGAAUGGAAUUCUUGAUGAAACUAUUGAGAGAAAGAAUGGUGAAAUCCCUCAGCGUGUAGCAUCUCUGCUGAGGAAAGUCGUGCAGGAAAUCGAGCGACGUAUUUCAACUCAAUCUGAGCAUCUAAGAACGCAAAACAGUGUGUUUAAAGCUCGUGAGGAGAAGUACCAGUCAAGGAUCAAAGUUCUUGAAACCUUAGCUUCAGGAACUAGUGAAGAAAAUGAGAUUGCUACAAGACAACUUCGACGGAUAAAGACAGAAAAGUCUAAGCUGGAAGAGAAGAAGAAAGACAAAGAGGAGGAUAUGGUUAGGCUAGAGAAAGAAAAUGGUCAUUAUAAUCUUGAAAUUUUUACUUUAAGGCGAGAACUGGAGACAACCAAGAAAGCAUAUGAACAACAAUGCUUGCAAAUGGAAAGCCAGACAAAGGUCGCGACAGCAGGUAUCGAGGACAGGGUUAAGGAGCUUGAACAAAUGAGAGAGGAUGCAACCACUGCAAAAACUGCCCUUGAGGAAAGGGUUAGGGAGCUUGAAGAGAUGGGAAAAGAAGCAAAUGUUGUUAAAAUGACUCUCGAGGAAAAGAGUAAAGCCAAAGAAAUGGAAGAAAAAUCAGAGUUGAAGAAUCGGAGUUGGAGUCAGAAAGAACUUUCGUAUAGAAGCUUUAUCAGUUUCCAGUUCAAGGCGCUACAAGAGUUGAGGUUCUGUUCUAAGUCCAUCAAAGAAGAAAUACUAAAAGUUCAAGAUAAGUAUACAGCAGAGUUUAGUCAAUUAGGGAGGAAAUUGCUUGAACUUGGAGAUGCUGCUGCAAACUAUCACGAAGUCCUAACUGAAAACCAAAAGCUCUUCAAUGAACUUCAGGAGCUAAAAGGCAACAUUAGAGUGUAUUGUCGGGUGAGGCCUUUCUUGCGAGGGCAAGGUGCAUCAAAAACUGUGGUAGAAAACAUUGGUGAUCAUGGGGAGUUGGUAGUUCUCAAUCCAACAAAACCUGGGAAAGAUGGUCUUCGAAAAUUUAGGUUCAAUAAGGUCUACAGUCCUGCCUCUACUCAAGCUGAGGUAUUUUCAGAUAUAAAACCUCUUGUUCGAUCAGUUCUCGACGGGUACAAUGUAUGUAUCUUUGCAUAUGGUCAGACAGGAUCCGGGAAAACUUACACAAUGACUGGUCCAGAUGGAGCAAGCGAAGAAGAGUGGGGAGUAAACUAUCGUGCUCUCAAUGACCUCUUCAAAAUCUCUCAAACCCGAAAAAGCAACAUAGCGUAUGAAGUCGGGGUGCAGAUGGUGGAGAUAUACAAUGAACAAGUGCGCGAUUUACUCUCUGGGAUUCUUUCUACAACUCAACAAAACGGUCUUGCUGUACCUGAUGCAAGCAUGUAUCCUGUGACAUCCACCUCGGAUGUUCUUGAAUUAAUGAGCAUUGGGCUACAAAACCGAGCCGUUAGCUCCACUGCCUUGAACGAAAGAAGUAGCCGCUCUCACAGCAUUGUCACCGUUCAUGUUCGUGGCAAGGACUUGAAGACCGGUUCUGCGCUGUAUGGAAAUCUACAUUUGGUAGAUCUGGCCGGUAGUGAGAGAGUUGAUCGCUCUGAAGUUACAGGAGACAGACUUAAAGAAGCACAACAUAUAAACAAGUCACUCUCAGCUCUAGGAGAUGUGAUAUUCUCUCUUGCUUCAAAGAGUUCUCAUGUACCAUACAGGAACAGCAAACUAACUCAGCUUCUCCAAAGCUCUCUAGGUGGUCGAGCAAAGACAUUGAUGUUUGUUCAACUCAAUCCUGAUAUUACUUCAUAUUCAGAGUCAAUGAGUACUUUGAAGUUCGCAGAGCGUGUCUCUGGAGUUGAGUUAGGUGCUGCAAAGAGCAGCAAAGAUGGUAGAGACGUUAGAGACUUAAUGGAGCAGUUAGGGUCCCUUAAGGACACAAUAGCGAGAAAAGACGAUGAGAUAGAGCGGCUUCAUUUGCUUAAGGACAUUAAUUACCCACAGAGACUGCAGAGAAAGAGCUUAGGACAAUCCGAUGACUUUAACUCAGAAGCUGGAGAUUCACAGUUGUCUAUAGAAGACGACUCAAGAUUCCAACAAGAUUAUACCAGACAGUCACGACACUCUGUCACGGAUGGUGAGACCUUAGCUUCCUCCAUUGAUGCAGAGUACGAUGAUGAAACAGAAUCCAUUGAUGCUCCUUCAGCAGAAGGAAGAAAAACAGAAUCCAUUGAUGCUCCUUCAGCAGAAGGAAGAAAACCUUUAAAGAUUUCAGACAAACCUAAACCGGUGACUCCAAGGAGUAGUACGACAACAUCACGACCACUUGAUAAACUCAAGCAAGUCGCUACGAGGACGUCGAACAUUGCAAAGGCCACGUCAGGCUUGUCGUCACCAAGUUCUCAAGGCAUGAAGAAGACGGGAAGUGCUUCUAAUUUGCUCAAGUCAUCGAAAGAUUCGAAACGGUGGUCCUGAAAAUACUAUUUUGUCCUUAGCAGCUAAUUUUUUCUCUCCCUCUAUGAACCCAAAUCAAAUGAUCAAUGGUUU